AUGAACGAAUCGUCUACAUCUUUGAGGAUUACUAGAGGGUCUUUGGGAAAAUCAAAACAACUUAUACAAGAACAAACCAUGGAAGAACUGAGAUCAAAGAAAAAAAACUACCCUAUGCCAGUUCAACAAGUUAUUAAAAAUGCCAAAGCUAGAGGCAUUAAAAUUGUACAAGGUACAAGAAAGAGGAAAGCUGUAAUCGUUGAAUCAGAGGAAAAUGAUUCUGAAGUUGUCGGAUCUGAAGAAAUUCAUAAUCAUGAGGAAGUCAGAUAUAUUUGCAACAACCGUGAAAAAAGGACAAUUCACAUGCAAUGUUAUACGCAAAUAAACACAUUGAAUGAGCUUCAGAAUAAACUGCCUCCAAAGCAAUAUAAUCGUAUAUGUGCAUCAUCGUGUUUUGCACAGUUAACAGCAAUGAGACGAUGUCACGUGCAAGCACAACUGUUUAGAUGCAUUAUGUUGAGGGAGUUGGAAGGUAGUUCUGUGAAUGCAAUACUUUUUUAUAUAAAUGGCACAACGCUUCGAUUCACAAUACGGGAAUUUGCCAUUAUUUCUGGUUUGAAUUGUUCUGAUAAUGGUGCUGACUUCAACUUUGAUACUGAUCAACCCAAUAGAAUCAUCGAUGAGUAUUUUCCAGGGAAUUCUCCUGUCACUAAAGCUCGUUUGGCUGAAGCUUUUAAAGCAAAGGUAUGGGGUGACAAUCAGGAAGAUGCAUACAAGUUUGGGAUUCUAUAUUAUAUACAUGAGUUUAUCAUGUCCGCAGAACCUACUACAACAACAAUAGAUAUGUUGGACUUUGAUCUGGUUGAAACAGGUAGAUUUAUGGAUUAUCCUUGGGGUCGGAAGGCUUUUAAUGAACUUGCUAAAUCCAUAAACAACAAGAUAAAGCCAUGUGGACAGUACUACAGAAUUCAGGGCUUUCCACUUUCAAUGCAAGUUUGGUUCUAUGAAUGUUGUUCUUAUGUUGAUGAAAAGAUUGCUGUCAAGGUUUCUAGUCACAUUCCUCGGAUUAUCAAUUGGGUGACUAAGAACGACCAUCCUCGGUUUGAUUAUUUCAUGAAAACAAUUUUUAAUGAUGCAGAUAAUCCGAUUAAGUUCAGAAAUAUUGAGCCAACAGCGAUGGAAAUUAAAAUCCUCAAACUUCCACAAUCGACAGAACAAUCAAUUUCUCAGGGCCUGCAGACUGAUCACAAUAAAGUUACAGAUCCGGAUGAUGAUUUACAAAACCCGCCCAGUAUAACAAGCAGAAAAGGAAAAGAAAAAGUUAUUGAAUGUUCUUCAUCGAUUAGGAAAAAGAAAAAGCAACCCGUUACAGUCAUCUCUUCAACAAAGGCAGUUAAGACAUACACACGAAGAUCAAUGGCGCGCAAAGCCACACGAUCACAGUCCAUCAAUAUCAAUAGUGUUGCGAAACACAGUGAUGCAGGUACGUCACACAACAAUGAAAAUGUAGAGCAGAAAAGUGUACAAGACAGAACACAAAUGGGGCAAAUUAAGAAGUCAACAAGCAUUACAAUAUCGCGUGAUGAAUUUGAAGCAUUCAAAAAAUAGGUCAAGGACGAGUUCGCUGAUUUGGCAAAAAUGCUUGAAGACAAAUUCAAAACAGUGUUGGAAGCUAUGAAUUCAAAGGGUAAUGUCGUCGAUGAUGAUCAAGAAUCACCCAUCGGAGAUGUUCAUCAAAAGCCCACAUACACCCCACAUGAACCCCAAAGUCAAUCUGCAAAUGUGACAGAACAAGAGAUGUCAUGCAAGAAACGCAUAUCACUCGUGUUCAGCAGUUAA